AUGUCUUCGAUGCUUGCAUCGACGGCAGCAGAUGUCGCCUCCCGCCAUGUCCUCGAGCUCCUACGCCAGUGCCGCUCCGUCCAUCACCUCGACCAGCUCCACGCCCACCUCAUCCUCCACGGCUCCUCUGCCGUGGCCUCCGUCGCCUCCCAGCUCGUCGCCUCAUACUGCGCGAUCUCAGGUGGCGCUGGACAUGGCGGACUCUGCCACGCCCGCCAGCUGUUCGACAGAAUUCCUUACCCGGACAGGUUCAUGUACAACAGCCUUAUCAGGGCGUACUCGAACAGCGGUUUCCCUCAGGAAGCGCUCUGUCUGCACCGCGACGUCCUCCGGAGCGGCAUCCUGCCCAACGAGUUUACGCUGCCGUUUGUCCUCAAGGCCUGCGCAAGGGCACGGGCCACGGGGCACGCGCUGGCCACCCAUGGAGCGGUUGUCAAGAUAGGGUUCGUGCGGCAGAUUUUCGUGGCCAAUGCGCUUCUGCACUCCUAUGCAUCGGCAGGGUCUCCGCUGCAGGACGCUCGGCAGUUCUUUGAUGAGAUGGCAGACAGGAAUGUUGUGUCGUGGAACACGAUGAUUGGCGGGUACGCCCAGGCUGGGGAUACCGGCGAGGCAUGCUCCUUGUUCAGAGAGAUGAGGCGUCAAGGAUUUCUGGCAGAUGAGUUUACAUUAGCCAGCCUGCUUUUUGUGUGUUCAAGUGAGGGAAAUCUUCAAGUCGGUCGGCUCCUGCAUUCUCAUAUGUUGGCUAGUGGAUCUCGGGUUGAUCUCAUUCUCGGCAACGCACUGGUGGACAUGUACGGUAAGUGCGGGGAUUUGUGGAUGGCUCGUAGAUGCUUUGACAUGAUGCGUGUAAAGAAUGUGGUUUCAUGGACUUCCAUGCUAUGCGCUCUGGCAAAUCAUGGUUCAGUUGAUGCUGCAAGAAAUUGGUUUGAUCAGAUGCCAGAGAGGAACAUAGUCUCUUGGAAUGCCAUGAUCUCUUGCUAUGUCCAAAGUUGUCGAUUCCGUGAAACAUUGGAUCUUUACAACCGUAUGAAAUCCCUAGGUCUCACUCCAGAUGAGAUUACAUUGGCUGCUGUACUCUGUGCCUGUGGACAAAAUGGCGAUUUGGCUUCUGGAAAGUUGAUACAUUGCUAUGUUAGAGGCAGUUUCAGUGAUCCUGGCAUCACUCUCCUUAAUUCACUUCUUGAUAUGUAUGCAAGAUGUGGUCAGGUAGACACAGUCAUAGGCUUGUUCAGUGAGAUGCCCAAUAAAAAUGUUGUCUCUUGGAAUGUGAUUAUUGGGGCGCUAGCCAUGCAUGGGCGUGCACAGGAGACAGUCAUGUUCUUCAGAACUAUGGUAUCUGAUGCCUACUCCCCUGAUGAGAUCACCUUUGUUGGUCUUCUUUCUGCAUGCAGUCAUGGUGGUCUACUAGAAGCUGGACAGUAUUACUUCAAAGCCAUGCUGCAUGUUUAUAAUGUUAAGCCUGAAGUUGAGCACUAUGCUUGCAUGGUUGAUCUACUUGGUCGCCGUGGCCAUCUAGCAGAGGCCGUUAAUCUAAUAAAAGAUAUGCCAAUGAAGCCUGAUGUUGUGGUAUGGGGUGCAAUACUUGGAGCAUGCAGAAUCCAUGGGAAUGUGGCUAUCGGCAAGUUAGUGAUCAAACAACUACUCGAGCUAGAGGGAAUCAGUGGAGGCUUGUUUGUCCUAAUUUCGAACUUGUUUUAUGAAACUCACCAGUUGGAAGACAUGAAAAGGCUCAGGAAGUUAAUGAGAGGGAGGGGAACAAAAAAGGAUAUGGGUGUUAGUUCAAUUGAAGUAAGCAACGGCAUACACGAAUUUGGAGUGGAGGACAUCAGACAUGAAAGCUCAAACGAGAUAUAUGCGGCAGUUGAUCAGUUGUCGUAUCAUUUGGUCUCUCUGCAUGACCUGGCUGUGCAACCAGUAGAACUCGUCGCGGAAGAGUUAAACAGUCCAUUUUGGAGUGCUCCGACUAUCAAUCAGAACCUGAUGCUGUAGAGUAAGAGAUAUACAGAAGAAAUCGACUCUGCACAUAGGCCCUAAAGGCUAAUACUAUUCAUCUUCUAGCAGCUUGUCGUAUGCCAUGCUAAAGAAGCACGUCCCUUGAAGAGCGAAAGUACACCUAGGCUUUCUGCAGAUAUCAUGGUUCACUGGACAACCGACUGCUCAGGUAUGUGGCAUAUAUCGAUAAUGCUGAGGAACCAUUCUCUUUGCCGUGAUGUGUCACCAACACUCUGAGAAGCUAAAAGCUUGGAAAUGAGAGGUUGGCAGGACGCCAGGACCACAGUAGAGCAUCCUGAUUGGCAACCUAUACGGAGUCAUGCGCGGAAGGAUGUCGACACCAGCGAGAAGAUAGGACUCGUGGACAAUAUCAAGGAGAAAUUGCCCGGAUAGCACUGAACCGCUAGCUCCGGCUGGCAGUCCAACCUUUCGACAUGAUGCUUGCUGAUUAAUAAGAUGAACUGAACAAUUAAGAUGUCCUUGGUGACAUCCUGUUUGCUGAAUAAUAA